AUGGAUCUUGUUUAUGGCCUUGAGAAUGCAUUGGAGGAUUUAGAAAGGACGUUGGAGGAGGCCAGAUGCAGGCGUGAGUUGAAAGCAAGGAUUGAUGUAGAAAAGAGUGUAUUGAGAAGCCUGAUAAGAAUGAAUGAAGAGAUUAUAGCGAUUAGCCACCGAUGGUUUGGCUUGAGGUGUAGUAAUGGAGUAGUCCAAGAAGAUAGCAACGGUGAAGCCUGUGAGGAUAUGGUUCAUAGGCAAAGACAAGAAGCGAAUGACAGGGUGGUAAGACUGAUUAACACAAUUGGGCUGAAGACAAUGCAUGGAUUUAGAACAGCUUUUGAGAAGCAUGCAGGUGUUAAUGAUUCACAUAUUCUGAAGAUGCAGCAUGCAGGCCUGAAGGUCAAGCAUAUGCUGCUGAUGCUCAAAUCUGCAUCUGAGCAUGAUGCUAUUGCAAGGGUUUUGCUUGUUCUAAGCCAAGGCAGCCUGGAGAACGACAUAAGAUUCAGAAAGCUUGUUUGUGAGACACUGUCUGAGGUGGAUAGGUUUGAUUCGCUUGAGAUGGCAAGGAUGAGUGUGCAGUUUAUGAUAUCGAGGAAGUAUGUUGAGGACAUAAUCAAGCUGAAAGCAGAUCCGGUGAUUCGUAAGUAUCUUGAUAGGGAGUGUUGGUGA